UGUCAGUGUACAUUCAACAAACGUCAAUCGGAAAUUUUUGUGCAAUAAAUUUAUUAGUUAGCCACAUUUACAGAAGUAUUUAAAAUAAUUUACUAUUAUAAUCUGAUGUGCUUCAAUACAAAUAUUUUCUAAAGAAUUACUUAAAUAAUUAUUUGAAGUAACUUAUCAGCAAACGCUUUAAAAUAAAAAUAAAUACACAAGAAAUGUCAGCUAUGAUACGUUACAGUUUCCUCAUAGUUAUUGCUUUGGCUCUUCUGACCGCGCAAAAUGCGUUAGCCAACAACUCUCGUUUGCCACGCAACAAUGACAUCAGCAAUAUGGCGGAUGCGCUCAAAUAUCUGCAGGAUCUAGACACGUACUAUGGAGAUAGAGCACGAGCCAGGUUCGGCAAGCGUUCACCAUUGUUACAGCUUUUACAGCAGCACUCAUUGCAAAAUACAGACCAGGCACGCCCCAUUGAGUAUAAGGUGAUGGGUGAAGUCUUUUAAAUUAUUGUAUGAUGACCAAAUUAAGUGUAGUAAUAGAACCACUACUACACACAUGUAUGUUGAAUAAGGCUAAAAUCUGAGACACAAAUAUGACCAGGAUAUCAAGGAAAGAAUAUCGAAUGCAAUGAUUGUGCAGUGAACAAAGUCACAUCGGUGCUCACACCACUAAUACUUUUUAAAACUUAUGGAGCAAAGUUUAUUAUUUUAUUAAUUACUGUUAUGAACUAGAUGUGUAAUAAAUAUAUUCGAAUCAGUA